GAGCUGCUUGAGGGGCAGAGGCGGGCGUCUGCAAACACCAAGGUAAGUUGAGGAGAGUGAGAGGAAGUAGGGGCUGAACCCCCUAGGUAAGUUGGAGUAACCGGCGACGGAUGUGGGCUGCAACCACCAGGGUAAGGUGAGUAAGAGGGAAAUAUGGAAGGGGCCUGAAUGCCCCUGAGUCAGGUGAGUGAGAGGGAGUAAGCAGGGGGCCUGAAACCCCCUGAGUCAGGUGGGUGAGAGGGAGAAAGCAGGGGGCUUGAAACCCCCUGAGUCAGGUGGGUGAGAGGGAGUAAGCAGGGGGCCUGAAACCCCCUGAGUCAGGUGAGUGAGAGGGAGAAAGCAGGGGGCCUGAAACCCCCUCAGUCAGUUGAGUGAGAGGGAGUAAGCAGGGGGCUUGAAACCCCCUGAGUCAGGUGAGUGAGAGGGAGAAAGCAGGGGGCCUGAAUCAGGUGGGUGAGAGGGAGUAAGCAGGGGGCCUGAAACCCCCUGAGUCAGGUGAGUGAGAGGGAGUAAGCAGGGGGCCUGAAUCAGGUGGGUGAGAGGGAGUAAGCAGGGGGCCUGAAACCCCCUGAGUCAGGUGAGUGAGAGGGAGAAAGCAGGGGGCCUGAAACCCCCUGAGUCAGGUGAGUGAGAGGGAGAAAGCAGGGGGCCUGAAACCCCCUGAGUCAGGUGAGUGAGAGGGAGAAAGCAGGGGGCCUGAAUCAGGUGGGUGAGAGGGAGUAAGCAGGGGGCCUGAAACCCCCUGAGUCAGGUGAGUGAGAGGGAGUAAGCAGGGGGCCUGCAACCCCCUGAGUCAGGUGAGUGAGAGGGAGUAAGCAGGGGGCUUGAAACCCCCUGAGUCAGGUGAGUGAGAGGGAGUAAGCAGGGGGCUUGAAACCCCCUGAAUCAGGAGGGUGAGAGGGAGAAAGCAGGGGGCCUGAAACCCCCUCAGUCAGGUGAGUGAGAGGGAGUAAGCAGGGGGCCUGAAACCCCCUGAGUCAGGUGGGUGAGAGGGAGUAAGCAGGGGGCCUGAAACCCCUUGAGUCAGGUGAGUGAGAGGGAAAAAGCAGGGGGCCUGAAACCCCCUGAGUCAGGUGGGUGAGAGGGAGUAUGCAGGGGGCCUGAAACCCCCUGAAUCAGGUGGGUGAGAGGGAGUAAGCAGGGGGCCUGAAACCCCCUGAGUCAGGUGAGUGAGAGGGAGAAAGCAGGGGGCCUGAAACCCCCUCAGUCAGGUGAGUGAGAGGGAGAAAGCAGGGGGCUUGAAACCCCCUGAGUCAGGUGAGUGAGAGGGAGUAAGCAGGGGGCCUGAAACCCCCUGAGUCAGGUGAGUGAGAGGGAGAAAGCAGGGGGCCUGAAUCAGGUGGGUUAGAGGGAGUAAGCAGGGGGCCUGAAACCCCCUGAGUCAGGUGAGUGAGAGGGAGAAAGCAGGGGGCCUGAAUCAGGUGGGUUAGAGGGAGUAAGCAGGGGGCCUGAAACCCCCUGAGUCAGGUGAGUGAGAGGGAGUAAGCAGGGGGCCUGAAACCCCCUGAGUCAGGUGAGUGAGAGGGAGAAAGCAGGGGGCCUGAAUCAGGUGGGUUAGAGGGAGUAAGCAGGGGGCCUGAAACCCCCUGAGUCAGGUGAGUGAGAGGGAGUAAGCAGGGGGCUUGAAACCCCCUGAGUCAGGUGGGUGAGAGGGAGAAAGCAGGGGGCCUGAAACCCCCUGAGUCAGGUGAGUGAGAGGGAGAAAGCAGGGGGCCUGAAACCCCCUGAGUCAGGUGAGUGAGAGGGAGUAAGCAGGGGGCCUGAAACCCCCUGAGUCAGGUGAGUGAGAGGGAGAAAGCAGGGGGCCUGAAUCAGGUGGGUGAGAGGGAGUAAGCAGGGGGCCUGAAACCCCCUGAGUCAGGUGAGUGAGAGGGAGAAAGCAGGGGGCCUGAAACCCCCUCAGUCAGGUGAGUGAGAGGGAGAAAGCAGGGGGCCUGAAACCCCCUGAGUCAGGUGAGUGAGAGGGAGUAAGCAGGGGGCCUGAAACCCCCUGAGUCAGGUGAGUGAGAGGGAGAAAGCAGGGGGCCUGAAUCAGGUGGGUGAGAGGGAGUAAGCAGGGGGCCUGAAACCCCCUGAGUCAGGUGAGUGAGAGGGAGAAAGCAGGGGGCCUGAAACCCCCUCAGUCAGGUGAGUGAGAGGGAGAAAGCAGGGGGCCUGAAACCCCCUGAGUCAGGUGAGUGAGAGGGAGUAAGCAGGGGGCCUGAAACCCCCUGAGUCAGGUGAGUGAGAGGGAGAAAGCAGGGGGCCUGAAUCAGGUGGGUGAGAGGGAGUAAGCAGGGGGCCUGAAACCCCCUGAGUCAGGUGAGUGAGAGGGAGAAAGCAGGGGGCCUGAAACCCCCUCAGUCAGGUGAGUGAGAGGGAGAAAGCAGGGGGCCUGAAACCCCCUGAGUCAGGUGAGUGAGAGGGAGUAAGCAGGGGGCCUGCAACCCCCUGAGUCAGGUGAGUGAGAGGGAGAAAGCAGGGGGCCUGAAUCAGGUGGGUGAGAGGGAGUGAGUGAGAGGGAGAAAGCAAGGGGGCCUGAAACCCCCUCAGUCAGGUGAGUGAGAGGGAGUAAGCAGGGGGCUUGAAACCCCCUGAGUCAGGUGGGUGAGAGGGUGUAAGCCGGGGGUCUGAAACCCCCUGAGUCAGGUGAGUGAGAGGGAGUAAGCAGGGGGCUUGAAACCCCCCUAGUCAGGUGGGUGAGAGGGAGUAAGCAGGGGGCCUGAAACCCCCUGAGUCAGGUGGGUGAGAGGGAGAAAGCAGGGGGCUUGAAACCCCCUGAAUCAGGUGGGUGAGAGGGAGUAAGCAGGGGGCCUGAAACCCCCUGAGUCAGGUGAGUGAGAGGGAGUAAGCAGGGGGCCUGAAACCCCCUGAGUCAGGUGGGUGAGAGGGAGUAAGCAGGGGGCUUGAAACCCCCUGAGUCAAGUGAGUGAGAGGGAGAAAGCAAGGGGGCCUGAAACCCCCUCAGUCAAGUGAGUGAGAGGGAGUAAGCAGGGGGCUUGAAACUCCCUGAGUCAGGUGGGUGAGAGGGUGUAAGCCGGGGGUCUGAAACCCCCUGAGUCAGGUGAGUGAGAGGGAGUAAGCAGGGGGCUUGAAACCCCCCUAGUCAGGUGGGUGAGAGGGAGUAAGCAGGGGGCCUGAAACCCCCUGAGUCAGGUGAGUGAGAGGGAGAAAGCAGGGGGCUUGAAACCCCCCUAGUCAGGUGGGUGAGAGGGAGUAAGCAGGAGGCCUGAAACCCCCUGAGUCAUGUGAGUGAGAGGGAGGAAGCAGGGCCUGAGUCCCCUGGCUCUCCUGCCCAGGCUGCCAGAGGGAGUGCGCGAAAUAUGCGUCCCUCCCGCGCCAGUAGUUCGCCGGAUAUCCAGAACCCUCGGCAGUUUUCGCCACAGGAGCUGUCAUCCAACGAAUCCCUGUUCGCCGGGGUGGCGGGAUGGGAUAUCGACCUGCUUUGCGACAGUCGCCAACCCCCAAUUUCCUGCAGAAUCCCCCCCAAACUUCGUCAGCUCUUCGCCCUCGCAUUCCUGACACCUCUGCUACACAUCGCACACAGGCCAACCAGCCUCGCGGGUUGGCGCCUGUUACUUUUCGUCCCUCGCCUAGCCCUCCGCCUGCACUCGCCCAAGCACCCUGAUUGGGCCACGGUGGAAAAACGACUGCAGCAGUUCCUCGCGGGGGAAUGGCAGCAGCUGUACCUGUCAGCAAUCGAUGCUGUGCAUAACCUCCCCCCUCCUCGCCACGUGCCGGACACCAUCGGCAGGCACAAGCGGGCAGAGGGGCUUGUCCGCCGUGGCAGUCUCCGACGUGCCCUGCUUGCACUAGACUCGACUCCGGUCAGCGAUUCAACCCCCGACGUCCUCGAGGCACCGAAGUCCAAGCACCCCGCUCCGUUGACCGAGUCAAUCGCUUGGCCCACCCUCGACGAGUCCGAGGCGGGCCCCACGGUUUCGCAGGAGGCGUUCAUUCGUCUGCUGAGCCGCUGCGAAAACGGAGUGGGUGCAGGGCCUUCAGGAAUGUGCUUCGAGCACAUUCGCGAAGCCGCCCUCGCCAACAACUCAGUCGCUGCCAAAUUGCAUGAGCUCGCAGUACGCCUGCUCCACGGAGAUUCCACAGCUGAUAUCGCCGCCCUCCUCACCGCUAGUCGACUAAUCGCUUUCCCCAAGCCCGGAGGCGGUACCAGACCUAUAGCCAUAGGCGAGUGCUUGCACCGCCUCGUGGCGAAGGCGGGCCUCCUCACCAUGACGGCGCAGGCACAAACUCAUUUCCUCCCGCUGCAGUUCGGGGUGGCAGUACGCGCGGGUGGCGAGGCGAUCGUCCACGCAGCCCGCGCAUACACAUCCGAAUUUCCCUCCGCCCUGGUACUCCAGGUCGACGUGUCAAACGCUUUCAACAGCGUUGACAGAGCCGCGAUCGUGGCAGGCCUCUUCAACUCGCCCCUUCGGCCGCUUCUCCCCUUCGUCAAACUCUCCUACGGAGCUCCGUCGCGACUAUAUCUAGACGCCGGAUUCUGCAGCGACCCCCUCCUAAGUGCCCGGGGUGUUCGUCAAGGGGACCCCAUGGGCCCCCUGCUUUUCUCUGCGGCUUUGCACCCGGCUCUCCAGGCGACAGCCUCGGCGUUUCCUAGCGUGCUCUGCCUCGCCUACGCCGACGACAUCACACUGCUUGGAGAGCCGUCGGAAUGCGCGUCGGCAUUCACCCAACUCACAGAGGCCCUACGCCCCUUGGGCCUCACGCACAACCCUUCCAAAUGCGCGGCGUGGCCGCGGGCCUUCUCCUCCACCGCUGCGUUUCAAGACGCGUCCUAUCUCACCUGCACCACCCCCCUUGACUCGCUGCCGUCCGAGGAGUGGUCCAACAAGGGACAGAAGCUCUUCCAUACCCUCCUCCUCUCGUGCAACCUUCAGCUCCCACGGGGUGAACAGGAGCGGACGCGCACAUGGCACCAAGCCUCUUUGCCACCCUCCCUUGGCGGCCUCGGCCUCGUGGACCCCGCAGUAGAAGGCACGCACGCCUUCCUUACUAGCGUCGCACAGGCCCACCGGCUGCUCAUAUCCCUCCCAUCAGAUCCGACAGGCCCACUCGCUGCAGCGGCCUGCUCCUUGGCCCCUCCCUUCAUCGGUCCCUCGCGUCUCCAUACCUGGCUGGCGAAUUGCGAAUCGGCCCUCCCAGCUCCAGCCUUGGCGCUCCUGCAGGCCGAGCGGGCUGAGCCCUCGGACGAUCCCCUCCAGCACCGACUGGCCCUGGAAGUGCACGCAGCCCGCUUCGCCCGACAAUUGGCUGCGUCGCGGGAGAUGGACCCCAACCCCCUCAGCGGCCAUACCCAGCGGCUCCUCUCCCUCACUGGGUACGGCGCAGGCGACUGGCUCCUCGCCAUCCCCCUAUUCCCUUCUCUUCGGCUGGCGCCGCCUCACUAUGCCAUCGCCCUGGCAUUCCGUCUGGGCCUCCCUUUCCCGGCACCCAGGGUCUGCAACUGCGCCCAACAGGUCGCGAUCCCCGACCCCCGCCUACCAAACCACCUCCUCCGCUGUGGGACGGGACACGGUCGCACCGACACGCACAAUGCCCUCCGUGAUGAGUGCGUACGUAUGGGGCGUGACGCACAGCUCAUCGUCACGAAAGAAACGGCGAUGUACAACCCUGUCGAUGGCAAGACCGCCGACCUGGCCAUACGCGACCGGGACUUGGGGGCGGUCUGGAUCUGUGACGUCACCGUCACCGACCCAGUCAGCACCCGGGACCCGCUAGCGCGCAAAGGCCGCGGUUACAUGGCCCGGGAGCAAGCGGACAAAAAGAUCGACGACUACCGCCACCGGGCAGCAUACGUCGGUUUCUUCCCACUCGCCGUCGAGACAUAUGGCUGCCCAUGCGCCGAGGUGCCAACCUUCCUUAAACUCCUCGCACACACGGCCGCCCGCCGCCUUUUCAAUGCUGACCCCAGCUCCUACCAGGCGGCUAAACUGCUCAGCCAGUUCCGCCAGCGCUGGUCUCACCCUCCAGCGGGGUCAAGCCCUCACCUACCUCGGGAAGGUGAAUGAGGCUUCGCCACUUGAAGGGCCGCCCCUAGGUGCUCCUGAGGCGGGCAUGUCCCUUGGGGACUGCUUCGCGGUCAUUGAACACCCACGGGAGUAGCCGGGGACUACGAUCUCGUCCGCGAAUACCAUGCAUGCUUGUACCCACCUUAUAUGCCUUGCGUGUACCCAGGAUCUUCCAGCAAUGAAGGACCGUUAGAGUAAGCAGGGGGCCUGAAACCCCCUGAGUCAGGUGGGUGAGAGGGAGUAAGCAGGGGGCCUGAAACCCCCUGAGUCAGGUGAGUGAGAGGGAGAAAGCAGGGGGCCUGAAACCCCCUGAAUCAGGUGGGUGAGAGGGAGUAAGCAGGGGGCCUGAAACCCCCUGAAUCAGGUGGGUGAGAGGGAGUAAGCAGGGGGCUUGAAACCCCCUGAGUCAGGUGAGUGAGAGGGAGUAAGCAGGGGGCUUGAAACCCCCUGAGUCAGGUGGGUGAGAGGGAGUAAGCAGGGGGCCUGAAACCCCUUGAGUCAGGUGAGUGAGAGGGAGUAAGCAGGGGGCCUGAAACCCCCUGAGUCAGGUGAGUGAGAGGGAGUAAGCAGGGGUAGGCUUGAGCAGCGGGUCGGGUCGGGUCGGGUCAGAUUUCCCGUGGGCAGAACCCGACCCGUCGGGUUUGAUUUUUACCCGACGGGUCGUGUCAACCCGAACCCGACAUGUCGGGUUGACCCGACCCGACCCGAUCCGAACUCGGGUCGGGCCUUGAACCGACGCGAUCUGCGCGAUCAGAGUUGCUCAGAUCUGGAAAUUCCGAUUAUUUGGUCGAAUUGUCGACCAAAUGGGUCAUGGCCCAGAUCUUACUUAGGCUACCUCCCAUUUCUACCCUGCAUCCAGCUCAUUCCUACCACUACUCUACUCCCUACCAUGCUUAUUAGUACAGCUUAGGGUCCAGGCAGAUCCAGAUCGAUUUCGAUUGGAUCGACUCAAUCAACACACCUAUUCAACAAACAAGCUCGACACCCCCCAACCCAUCCGAAUUUCGCCAACACCCCCAACCCAUCUGAAUUUCGCCAACACCCCCAACCUAUCCGAAUUUCGCCAACACCCCCAAUCCAUCCGAAUUUCGCCAACACCCCCAACCCAUUCGAAUUUCGCCAACACCCCCACCCAACCCAUCCGAAUUUCGCCUACACCCCCAACCCAUCCGAAUUUCGCCAACACCCCAACCCAUCCGAAUUUCGCCACCACCCCCAAUCCAUCAGAAUUUCGCCAACACCCCCAACCCAUCCGAAUUUCACUAACACUCCCAACCCAUCCGAAUUUCGCCAGCACCCCCAACCCAUCCGAAUUUUUGCAAACACCUCCAACCCAUCCGAAUUUUCGCCAGCACCCUCAACCCACCCAAUUUUCGCCAACACCCGCAACCUCAACCCACCCAAAAUCUCGUCAACACCCCCAAACCAGCCAAAAAUUCGCCAACCAUUUUUUCGCCAACACUCCCAAUCAAUCCAACACCCAUCCUGUGGCUGGUUUUCGCCAACAUCCAACCCACAUCUCGAGGUUGUGGAUGGGAGGAUGAGGUGGGUGUGUGGGCCAGACACGAGGAGGACAUACUGGAUCUCGAAAUUACGAAUCCCAUAUGUUUCCCUCAGGAAGAAAUACUUAGGUCGGGU